AUGUUAUCCAGAUUCGCUGCGCAUAAGUGCGCAAUCUUGGAAAGGAAAGAAAUUCCAUUUUGCCCAACGGGUGCUCGACCAAUGUAUCGUCCAGACGGCCAGCCACGUAAAUGCCUUCCGCAUCAGAAUAGUAUUUGUAUUAAUGCAUUGCCAGAUCAGCCAAAUGCAAAAACAUUAUGUUGUUGGCAUAAUCAAGUGGAUUAUUAUUGUUGUUUGGACGUGAAGCCAGACGAAUGUCCCGAUUAUAAAAAUGUUACAGCCGUUGUGCACCAUGCCUAUCCAUCGAAUCCAUAUGCUCUUCGGUCAUUCCAUUUCAGGUUUCAUUUUGCAAAUUAUUUCAAUAUUACGAUAUAA